CUCUUUCAAACCAACCCAAAGAUUUCUCCAAAUAAAGUACUCAUCAUUAAAUCAGUAAUAAAUAUUAAUUUUAUUCCAUUUUAAUUUUUAUUUUUCCCAAGUUGAUUCAACCUCACAAUAAAUCUUACCAUUCUUUUAUAGCAAAAUGACCACACCACACCAACUUCUUCUGUCUUCUUUCAAAGUCCCAUUGGAGACACAUUUUCUCAUACCCUUUUCUUCUUUCAUCUUUUUGCUUCAGAAUAACAUUCUCACAGAAUCUUUACGCUGUAUUGUGAGCAGAGUUGGGAUGUUUGGAGGAGUAGUUUGAUAAAGUGAUGCAUCUCGAUAGAAAUUUGAACAAAGCUGUAUGUUGUGCUGUAAACUUUCAUGAUGGAGUUAAAUGCAAGUUAUGACAUCGAGCAAUUGCGUCCUAAGAAAAAAAUGGAGCAUGAUCUGUGGCCGCUAGAUCCAAUUGAUCCAAAGAAUGCAAAGUUUCCAUGUUGUUUGGUUUGGAAUCCACUUCCAGUUGUCUCAUGGUUGGCACCCUUCAUUGGUCAUGUUGGCAUUUGCAGGGAGGAUGGAACUGUUUUAGACUUUUCAGGAUCAUAUUGUGUGAAUGUUGAUGAUUUUGCAUUUGGUCCAGUAGCAAGAUACUUGGAGCUCGAUCGUAGACAGUGUUGCUUCCCCCCAAACCUGUCUGGACAUACAUGCAAGCAUGGUUACCGGCAUACUGAGUAUGGGACCGCAAUCACAUGGGAUGACGCCUUAAGGACAAGUUUACGACAUUUCGAGAGUAAAACUUACAAUCUUUUCACUUGCAACUGCCACUCAUUUGUUGCUAAUAGUCUGAAUAGGCUAUGUUAUGGUGGAUCAAUGAGUUGGAACAUGGUAAAUGUAGGAAUCUUGAUACUAUUCAAGGGUCAUUGGGUUGAUUUUUGGUCUGUUGUAAGGUCUUUCUUGCCUUUUGUUGUGGUUGUUUGCGUAGGUAUUUUCAUGGUUGGAUGGCCCUUCUUACUUGGGUUACUAUCCUUCUCUUUACUCUUAAUUGGGUGGUUUCUAUUGGGUACUUACCUAGUCAAAAGCCUAUUAGAGUGCUAGAUGUACUCUUGAAUUGAAGGAUGGUCAUGAAUUGUGUUUGUUUAAACCAAAUAAUGAUUGAUUCAAAUGACAAUAUUGCUAUUGCAACAAGAAAUAAGUGCAUUUGUGCAAACAUUUUUUUUAUUGUUGUAGAGACUACAUCUCAAGAAUUUAUUUGCUAUUGUA